AUGGGCUUGGUUACGGCGCAUGGUUCUAUGCAAACGGGAAAACUGCGGCGGCAAAUCGCGUGGGAAGCCGCGCGAAUGAUGUACCUGCGGCAAGAGUCGGAAUACUAUCGGGCCAAAAUGAAGGCCGCCCGACGGCUGCAUCGCGGCUGGGUGAAACCACGAGACCUGCCCAGCAACGCCGAAAUUCGGGACGAGAUUCAGGCGUUCGCUCGCAUUCACGAAGGCGACAAUCGCACGGCGAACUUGCGCGAGAUGCGGUUCGAAGCGUUGCGGUUGAUGCGACUGCUCGAUGCCUUCAAGCCGCGGCUGAUCGGCAGCACGAUGACCGGCCAUGUGCGGCGGGGCUCGGACAUCGACAUUCACGUCUUCACCCACAGCCUGGAAGCCGUGACCGGCGCGCUCGACCACGACGGGCUGAUCUACGACGUCGAACGGAAGCAGGUUCGCAAGCAAGGUGUGGAGACGACCUUCACGCACAUUCACGUGCACGACCGGUUUCCCAUCGAGCUGACGGUGUAUGCGGCCGACAUGGCGCACUACGUGUUCAAGAGUUCGAUCACCGGGAAGCCAAUCGAACGGGCCAGCAUCCGCGAGUUGGAGGCCUUCCUGCAGAGCGAGUACCCCGACGUGGAACUGGAAGAGAAGGUGGAAGCCAUCAAUCAGUCGAUCGAUCGAUUUCAGAUUUACGAGAUGCUGCUGCUGCCGCUGGAACGGGUGAAGCAAUCACCCAAGUGGCAUCCCGAGGGCGACGCACUGUAUCACAGCUUGCAGGUGUUCGACCUGGCUUGCGACGAGUUGCCCUACGACGAGGAGUUUCUGUUAGCGGCCUUGUUGCACGAUGUGGGUAAGGCGAUCGACCCUUACGAUCACGUGGCCGCCGGGUUGGAAGCCCUUGGUGAAUCGAUUACCGAGAGAACCGCGUGGUUGAUUGAGCACCACAUGACCGCCGGAGAGUUGCUCGAUGGCAACGCGGGUGCCCGCGCCCGACGACGAUUGGCGGCCUCGGAAGAUUUCGACGAGCUGAUGUUGUUGGCCCAAUGCGACCGCGCCGGUCGAGUAGCGGGAGCCGAUGCCCCGGAGCUUGAAGAGGGUCUUUAG